AUGUUCCGGAACGCUCUCAGACAGUCGACGCGCGCCGUCGGCGCCAUCUCUGCCAGCAGAGUGGCUGGGACGAAGCUGGUAACAGGCGAGAUUGUCAAAGUGAAACGAUUGGACACAAAAGCACCCGAAGCCGACAAAACACCUCAAACAGCGCAACCUCCAACCCCAAACACAACAAGGCUCGAUGGAAUCGGACAACCCGGACGGGGACGCCAUCAGGGAAAGCUUUCUCCAUUGAAAGCCGACACGUUGAUGGCUUGCCGGCGCCGGGGCGGACCUCGAAAUGGCGGCCGCGGCAUUUUUGUCUCUUCUGGCGUUUCUGAUUCGUCGAGCUUUCGGGGGUUUGAAGCUUGGGGGUCAAAGCUUUGGGCCCGCGUCGUCGCCCCUGCCUUCAUCCAGGCCCGCACCUACGCCGAUGCCAAGGCCUCGCCCACCGAGGUCUCGACCAUCCUCGAGCAGCGGAUCCGCGGUGUCCAGGAGGAGGCUGGUCUCGCCGAGACCGGCCGUGUCCUGUCGGUCGGUGAUGGUAUCGCCCGUGUUCACGGCAUGGCCAACGUCCAGGCUGAGGAGCUUGUCGAGUUCGCCUCGGGCGUCAAGGGCAUGUGCAUGAACCUCGAGGCCGGCCAGGUCGGUGUCGUGCUGUUCGGUUCCGAUCGUCUCGUCGCUGAGGGUGAAACCGUCAAGCGUACCGGCCAGAUUGUCGACAUCCCCGUCGGCCCUGAGUUGCUCGGCCGUGUCGUCGACGCUCUCGGUAACCCCAUUGACGGCAAGGGCCCCGUCAACACCAAGGAGCGCCGCCGUGCCCAGCUUAAGGCCCCCGGCAUUCUGCCCCGCCAGUCCGUCCGCGAGCCCGUCCAGACGGGUCUCAAGUCCAUCGACGCCAUGGUCCCCAUCGGCCGUGGCCAGCGUGAGCUGAUUAUCGGCGAUCGUCAGACCGGCAAGACCGCUGUCGCCCUGGACGCGAUCCUGAACCAGAAGCGUUGGAACGACGGCAGCGACGAGAAGAAGAAGCUCUACUGUGUCUACGUCGCCGUCGGCCAGAAGCGUUCCACCGUCGCCCAGCUCGUCAAGACCCUCGAGGAGAACGACGCCAUGAAGUACUCCAUCGUCGUUGCCGCCACCGCCUCGGAGGCCGCGCCCCUGCAGUACCUCGCCCCCUUCACUGGUAAGUGA